AUGGAAGAAGAAGAAGCCAAAAAAAGAGAUGCCACAUGGAAAACGAUGAAAUAUAGUUUUAUUGCAUUCGGUGCAUCUUUUGGAUUAUUCGGAAGCUAUAUGAUAUAUCAAUUAGGUAGUAGCCCGAAAGUUGAUGAGAAUGGAAAUAUUAUCGAAGAUGAGUUCAGUGGCAUGCCACCUUUACAACAAUUUACCAGUAGAAUAUGGAGGGAAUUGAAUUAUUAUCAGAAAAUGAUUCAAGAACCUUCUAGAAAAAAAUUGUUACCUGAUCCCUUAACCUAUCCUUACAUUCAACCACCUUAUACAUUGGUUUUAGAAAUGACUGAUGUUUUAGUACAUCCCGAUUGGACAUAUCAGACCGGAUGGAGAUUUAAAAAACGACCUGGAGUGGAUCAUUUUUUAGAACAAGUAGCUCCGCCAUUAUUUGAAAUUGUUGUUUUUACAGCUGAUCAAGGAAUGACUGUCUUUCCAAUACUUGAUGCUUUAGAUCCGAACGGUUACAUUAUGUAUCGUUUGGUGAGAGAUGCUACACAUUUUGUCGAUGGACAUCACGUAAAAGAUCUUAGUUGUCUUAAUAGAGAUCUCAAAAAGGUAAUCGUGGUCGAUUGGAAUCCAGAUUCCGUGAAAUUUCACAGGUCAAAUACGAUAUUGGUGCCUCGUUGGAAAGGCAACGACGAUGAUUUAAUGUUGGUGGAUUUGGCUGCCUUUUUAAAAACCAUAGCUUUAGCCAAAGUUGAUGACGUCAGAGAAACGUUGGAAUAUUAUCGACAAUUCGAUAAUCCAGUUGAAGCUUUUAGAGAGAAUCAAAGGAAGUUGCUUGAGCAAAUAGAGGAGAAACAAAAGUUAGAUAAAGAAAAGCCGACUAUAUUGACAACGCGAGGAUCGUGGAGUCCAAGUUUUUUAAACAAAAAACCCCAGUGA